GGACCCAAGGCCCGGACACGCCUGCCAACAAACGCGCCUGCGUACCAGUCGCCUUCGUUUGCCCAGUGACAACGCACAAAAAUCCCCAACCACCUCGAAAUGCCUUUCCUCCCGCAAAGCAUUCCCAACCCGGUGACCCAAUCAAAUACAGAAGUCAAAGACUAGAGAAAAGGAAUCCUAUCUGAACACAUCUAUGCUAACUCUUCGUAACCGCACCGGGGACUACGAAAUGCUGCGCGCUAAAUGGAUUACCCUUAAUCUAUAUGGCGCUGCAGAGAAAGCCCCAAGCCACCACCGGACCUCCCACCAUGGAUGACCCCUCGAUGCCUGUGGUUCCUGCCCCGAUUGCUGCCCCAGGGCCAGCACCGUCUGCCACUGCGCCUCGGGUCCCUUUUCACUGCAGCGAAUGUGGCAAGAGCUUCCGUUACCGAUCAGACCUGAGGCGCCACUUUGCUCGACACACCGCCCUCAAGCCCCACGCAUGUCCUCGAUGCGGCAAGGGUUUCAAGCAUAGCUUCAACUUGGCUAACCACCUGCGCUCACACACUGGUGAACGGCCCUAUCGAUGCUCCGCCUGCCCUAAGGGAUUCCGAGACUCCACUGGCCUGCUGCACCACCAGGUCGUCCACACUGGUGAGAAGCCCUACUGCUGUUUGGUCUGCGAGCUCCGCUUCUCCUCUCGCUCCAGCCUGGGCCGCCAUCUCAAGCGGCAGCACCGGGGCACACUUCCCUCUCCCCUGCAGCCUAGCCCGGGCCUGCCUCCUCUGAGCUCCCCCUGCUCAGUAUGUUGCAACGUGGGUCCCUGCUCGGUUUGUGGAGGUGGAGGGUCCAGUGGAGGAGAGGGCCUAGAGGGAGCAGGAGCGACCAGCUGGGGACUGGCAGAGGCUGCAGCAGCCGCGGCAGCCUCGCUGCCCCCAUUUGCAUGUGGUGCCUGUGCCCGGCGUUUUGACCAUGGCCGGGAGCUGGCAGCCCACUGGGCCGCGCACACCGAUGUGAAACCAUUCAAGUGCCCGCGCUGUGAGCGUGACUUCAAUGCACCUGCCCUGCUGGAACGCCACAAGCUCACUCACGACCUGCAGGGGAGCACUGCGCCUCCAACGCAGGUUUGGGCCUCGGGUGGGGGUCCGGAGGUGGCAGGAGAGGGUGACGCCUUGGAGGUGGGGGCCGCCCCGCCGACUUGGGACGCCGGGCUGCUCCUGAGCCCUACCGGGGCAGGCGUGCCCAAGCUGGAGGCACUGCUCCCCGGGGACGAGGGCACUGGGAAUGCCCGGGCUCCGGCUGCAGCGGGCGAAGCAUCCUCGGAAGACACACUGUACCAGUGCGACUGCGGGACCUUCUUCGCAUCUGCCCCAGCUUUGGCCAGCCAUCUAGAGGCGCACUCAGGCCCAGCCACAUAUGGCUGUGGCCACUGCGGGGCGCUGUACGCGGCUCUGGCCGCCCUGGAGGAGCAUCGGCGUGCAAGCCAUGGUGAGGGUAGCGGGGAGGCGGCCCCCGAUGGUGAAGGCGAGCAGGCAGCUGGUGGGUCGGGACCCGGCCCCUCCAGCCGUGGCAAGAAAAUCUUUGGCUGUUCCGAAUGCGAGAAGCUGUUCCGUUCGCCUCGAGACCUGGAAAGGCAUGUGCUGGUUCAUACUGGGGAAAAGCCAUUCCCGUGCCUGGAGUGUGGCAAGUUCUUCCGCCACGAAUGCUACCUCAAGCGUCACCGGCUGCUGCAUGGCACCGAGCGGCCCUUCCCCUGCCACAUCUGCGGCAAGGGCUUCAUCACGCUUAGCAACCUCUCCAGGCACCUGAAGCUACACAGGGGCAUGGACUGAAUAACCAGGAUACCCCUGCCCACUAAGUCCAGAGCCAGACCAUAAGAUGAGCCAGGCCCCCGUCUGGAAAAAUGGUGCCACCCAGAACCCACACAGGACCACAGUAAAGCAUCCUUCAGCAAAGGGGUCCAAAAACAUAAUUGUUGGGGAAUUUCUGAAAUCUACAGAGACUCUUCACUUUGAGACCCCUGGAAUGUGGCAUGUUCAAAUCAACUGGCUUUCGAGACUGGGGACAUAGUAAUGAAAAACGGGUCUCCACUAACAUCUCUCAGCAGAUAACAUGUAGGCUUCCCCAUAUUUUAACCACCUACUCCCUGUGAGCCAUCAUACCAGAUGACCUUCCUCUAGGGAAUGGGGGUGGGGCAACAUCUUGGACUCCUCCAGGACCCCCUCCAGAUGACACCUGUCAGCCACUGGUGGCCUCAGAAAAUGAGUAUAACCGAAAUUUGCCUUCCCCCAAUUUUGCUUCCUAUACUGAAAGAGGACCAGGGUAGAUGACCCCCCCCCUUCAGUUAACCCACUCUCAGAUUAGGUCUCCCUUACUGCAGAAUGGUCUGACCCUACUGAUCUAACCCCCAUCCUGAACACUAGAUUAGACUGGCCCAAAGUCUCCCCGCCCUUUAGGUUGGACUAACCUAGAUGCACAUAAUCCUACCUGCUUGGAAUGGACUGCUGUCUGGAAUGGUUGUGGCCUAACCCCACUCUCCUUAGACUAACAGGGCAGCCAUUCCCGUAUGCUGUAGAGCGCAGUCCUUUGACAACGAUUUUCCCAAUCCUGUGACCUGGUGGAGGCGGUAGGCACUGAGCUUUCCCUCCCCUUGAACUGUAGUACUUUGUCUUUCUAGCACUACAACUUGACUCUGUUGCAACGUCCCAAGGGGAUAGGGGAACUUGGCCAGGGAUUUCUCCCCCGUGAGCCUCAACCUGACCUCCUGACCCCUCUCCCCAAUGUCUCUGGGACUCCAAUAAACCUCAUUCAGUCAC